GGAGAGAGUGUUGUGUUGAGUGUUGAGUGCAGUAGUGGUAGAGCUGGUGGUGACCAGUGCUGUGGCGGCCAUAAGGCGGGCAUAAGCUGUGCACUACCUGUACAUUAGUGAACACAUGGAAGCGUUGGGUCUGUUGUAUAGGCUUUGCUAAACAAACAACAAUUGACUGACUCUGAGGUUUGGAUGAAAAGUAACUGACAUUUGAUGGCUACUGAAGACCACUUCCAACCCAUUUGUCCAUCCAUUUGACUCAUUGUAUGCCUGAGUGACCGACAAAAUGAUGUCCAAUAAAUUGAUAGCCAAUCAAAUCAACUCAGAGUUAAAACAGUUGAACGCCAAACGAAAUCUGAUGAUCGGUGGCAACGAAUUGAGUGAUACACACAUGUCGUCCAUAGACACGGAUCACCUCAAAGACCAUAUGGACGACCAGAUCGACAGCGACAAGGAUGACACCAACGAUGACUCCGAAACUGAUUCCCAGUCCGGAUCCGAUGGCGAAGAGAGUUCAGACAUCGAUGAGGAGGAAUGCGAUCGACGCAAAGACGAGUAUAUGGUUGAGAUCACGGACUUAGAGAAACAAUUUCUGGCCCUUAAGGACCAGUUAUAUGUGGAACGACUGUCACAAGUGGAGCACAAACUGGAAGAAGUGAGGGCCGGAAGGGCUGCCGAAUAUCUGCAACCAUUGGAGGAAUUGCAGGAAAACAUGAGAGUGAGGACAGAAGUGGCCGGUAUUGUGAGUCAACUCAAACUGACAAACAUUAAGUGUCAGUUCGAGGCCGAGAAGUUGGCGAACCAACAGAACUUUGAGAGCGAGAAACAGUUACUUAAAGACAGCAUAAGACAAGACGUCGAGGAGAAGUUACGACGGCUGGAAGAGGACAGGAAUUCCAUCGAUAGUGACAUUUGGAGUGAAAGUGCUUUCUCUAAGAAGAAGAAACGAUACGGCAGUUCGGGUGCGGGUUAUGGCUAUGACAUGACAAUUAGGGAUUCAAUCAGUUUUCAGGACCGCCGGCGAAAGCCAGUGACCGUUUCGGGUCCUUAUAUUGUUUAUAUGCUUAAAGACAGUGAUAUUAUGGAGGACUGGAAUGUCAUUCGACGCGCCCUUAAAUCCGUUUCGUCCUCUUAUUUGUAAAUAAAAAAAUUGUAAAUUAUUUUAAUUUAAAUAUUAAUUAUAAAGUAUUAAAAAUGCAUUUCAUUUAUGA